AUGGCUGAGAACAACAACCAACCGAUAUUAUUCACCCGAUUGCGUCAUCGUUAUGAAGAAGAAACAAGCUCAAAUUUAAGUAUUGUUUUAUUAAAUGUAAACAUUAAUUAUUAUGGCUUGGAAAACUUUGGUACAGUUCAGAAUUAUAUUAAAAGAUUUGAGGAUCGAGAUGAAUGUGUUAAUUAUAUUACGGCGAAAGAGGAAGAGAAUACCGUUCAUUUGAUUAUAUCAGAGCAUGUCGGCGCUCAUCUUAUACCAUUGAUUUAUGAAUUACGACAAAUAACAUCAAUAUAUAUAUUAAAACAGGAAAAACUGACCAAAGACGAGUAUUCGCCAAUAUCCCCAAAAAUUCAGGGAGGUUUCGUCGAUAAACAUGUUCUAAUACAUCAAGUAAUUAAUGAUCUGCGCAUAAAACAUAAAGAAACAAAAUAUUUUCUUAUGAAAGAAGUAUCAAGUCAGAAUUUAACAAAACAAUCAGCAAAAUUUAUUUGGUAUCAAUUUUUUAUUAAUAUUCUACUACAGUUGAAACAGACAAACUCAGCCAAAUUAGACAUGUUAACUACUGUCGAUCGAUUUGU